UUCAUCCAUUCUUGGCUUUCUCUUCUUUUCUCUUUAAAAGCACAGAACACUUUGGGGGCAAAACCAGUUCAGUACAAUCGGAAAAAGCUCAGAAAUGGCUCUUCUUGCUCUCCUCUUGUCUUCUCUUCUUGCUGUCUCCUUGGCAGAAAUCUCAAGCAAGAUUGGAAUAAAUUAUGGUCGACAAGGGGACAAUUUGCCAUCCCCUUAUCAAUCCAUUGAGAUCAUGAAAUCCAUGAAUGCAGGCCGUGUAAAGCUCUAUGAUUCUGACCCUGAAAUAUUGAAACUCUUUUCAGGAACCAAUAUUGAUAUGGCCAUUAUGGUCCCCAACAAGGACAUAGUCCUAAUUUCUUCAAGCCAAACAGCAGCAGAGCAAUGGGUCCGAAACAAUGUCCUAGCUUACCCGAAUACCAAUAUCCGGUUCGUCUUGGUUGGCAAUGAAGUCCUCAGCUAUGUUUCGAAACAAGAUCAGACAAUUUGGGGUCACCUUGUGCCUGCAAUGCGUAGAAUUAAGAAUUCUCUGAGUGCUAAUGAUAUUAAAAAUAUCAAGAUCGGUACACCUCUAGCAAUGGACAUACUGCAAUCAACUUUCCCACCAUCAGACGGUACGUUCCGGUCUGAUAUUUCAGACACUGUGAUGGCACCGCUGCUGAAAUUCUUGAACGGGAGCAAAUCCUUUUUUUUCCUUGAUGUUUACCCUUAUUUUCCAUGGUCUGCUAAUCCAAUGAACAUCAGCUUAGAUUUUGCUCUUUUUGGAGGAAAUGUAAACCACACUGACCCUGGCAGUGGCUUAGUUUACACAAAUCUCCUAGACGAAAUGCUUGACUCAGUUACUUUCGCCAUGGAAAAGCUUGGAUACCCCAAUAUCCGACUAGCAAUAGCUGAAACAGGCUGGCCUACUGCAGGGGAUGUUGAUCAAGUGGGGGCAAAUAUCUACAAUGCAGCCACUUAUAACCGAAAUCUCAUUCGAAAGAUGACUGCCAAACCACCAUUGGGGACCCCAGCUAGACCUGGUUUAGUCAUACCAACAUUUAUUUUCUCCCUAUAUGAAGAAAACCAAAAGACGGGUCCAGGAACAGAAAGGCAUUGGGGCUUGCUGCAUUCAAAUGGAAGAGCUAUUUACGACAUUGAUCUCACCGGGAAGCGACUUGUCCCUGACUACAAGCCACUGCCUCCAGCUCAAAAUAACGUGCCUUAUAAAGGGAAGGUUUGGUGCGAGGUGGCGCCAGGCGCCAAUCUGAUGAACUUGUCCUCUGCAUUGACCUAUGCUUGUAGCCAGGAUACUCAGACUUGUGCAGCGUUGAGUCCAGGAAAAGAGUGUUAUGAGCCAAUAUCAGUAUUUUGGCAUUCGAGUUAUGCAUUUAGCUCAUAUUGGGCAAAGUUUCGAAGCCAGGGGGCAACUUGCAACUUCAAUGGAUUAGCUAGACAGACAACGGUAAACCCAAGUCGUGGACGCUGCAAGUUCCCAAGCGUGACUCUCUGAUUCUGUGAAGAUGAUUUAAGCUCAAGCAAUUCUGGCAAAGGAAUACAGAGCUGGCGAAGUUUAAUAACCAGGAACUGGUCUCAUGUUUCUUCUGUUAGACUAUUGUUAACUCAGAUUUUUGUAAGGGAACAACGGUGUUUCUGACAUCAAAUUAGAAAAAGAAACUAAGGACUGAAUCAUAUAAAAUUAUUACUAUC